GUCAGUCUUGUGUGGCUUUCCAACCGAGUCAGUGCUUGGCGAUCACUCGAGUGAGGCACUUUAUGAUUUCUCUGCACCUGUUCCCAUCCAGAUCACCCACAGAGUGUUGCUAUCCUCCGUGCGAUGAUUCAGCGCGGAGACUCGCGAAGGAAUCCUGGUAGUGAAAUUUCCUUGUGGCCAGGAAUGUGACGGUGGAUGUCCUAAAGAAUUUAUGUGUGCGUAGAUCGUGAAUUUAGACAAAAGAUAGAGAGAAUAGUGCAGUUGGAUUUAUUUUCGGAGAUAGGAGGAGUGAGAAAUAUUUAUGGCAAAUUUGUGCCCAUUUUUGGUGAAUUCAUCGUGCCACUUUCAAGUCUCUCUUCUACUUUACCUUUCGGCUGUGUUAAUUGAUAUUGAAAAUUAAUACCGCGAAAGAAAGAGUGAGAGACAAUAAAUUUUCAAGUUGCUCCGCCGAGACUUUCUGCACUUUUUUCCACACCUCUCAGCCCCACUCGUUUGCGGGGACUUUCAUUGGCGCGGCGGCAGAGAAAAAGACAGAGAUCCAUCGAGGGAAAACCACGAGUGGCCACUCUUGCAAAUUGAUUUUGAUGGAUACUGCGUGAGGCCAGUAUGGACACAAAGCUGGACAUUCGCUCAAAGCCCAUACUCAGUCCCACACGGUCACUGGACGAAGGAUUCGAGAGUGACCCUGAUCGCAUUUCCACAGACUCAGAGCUGCAGGCAUCUACACCGGCUUUUGAUAUCUUGCAACGAACCGACCGUGAUGGAGUAACUCACACGCAAAUAGCGCGCCGCAAUAUCGAUUACAGCCAGCCGGCGAGUAUCAUCUGUCUCCAGGGUGAUCUGGAGACUGAGCUGAGGUCCAGCUCCAAUUCGUCAGCUCCGGCUUCCGGUGCCUCGACGCCAUCCAACACCGCUUCGAGCGGCGACAGUGUGGCCAUCCCGCGAGCUGGUCCACCGCAGAAAGUGGAACGCUUCCGGCGUGCCAAAACGCGUGCACCCCUGCCUCCGGGCACCAUCAAUCCGCGCUCCCACUCCGUGGACGCAGUGAGAACGCCCCGGGAGCUCGUGCCAGUGAACAUGGACAUGGCCUUGACAGAACGAAAUGUGGGAGAUGUUCUGGCGGGUAAAUUUGUGCGGGUUCAGGUGGACCCAAACCGCAACUAUCAGCAGCAGAGGCCUUUGAAACCUGCCAGCAGCAUGUUUUCGCUCUUCCCACCCGGAAUCACGAGCGCCAAUUCCUUGAGAGAGCUUCAGCUCUGGCAGCCCAGCCAUCGCCAGCAAUUCACCACAAUGAAACCAAAUACCAAGGCGCAUCCAGUUCCAGUCUGCUGGACACAGUCAAUUCCCAGGCAAACCAGACGGUACAUAACGCCAUCAUCAUUGCCACAAGUAACGCAUUCAACAAAUAAAUCUUCGGGAUUGUCGCAAAAAUUGCGUGAGUUCGCAGCGUCGGCAGGAUUGAUGUCAUCGAAGCCACGAGCUCCGUUGAAGCCUGUGAUCAAAACGAGGGGAAACUCAUCUGCGGGUCCUGAAUUCCCCAAGAAAGUCACCUUUAGUGCAUUUGCCACUGUUCAAGUCGUGUAAGAUUUCUGUUUAAGUGAGUUGCUAGUGUAGAUUUCCUUUGGAAAUUGGGAACAGUCUCUAUACAAAUUGCAAUUUCAGCAUACAUAUUAAUAAUUUUAAUUGUACGCUAAUUAACGUCAACGAAGAUGGUUUGAAGAAGCAAAAAUGGACUGGUAUAUACUGAACUUAUAAAAUAGCGUAGAAAAGAAUGAGGAGAACUAUGUAAAUGUAUUAUAUAAAUAUGAGGAUUGUAUAUUACAAAUAUAGUGAUGAAAGA